AUGGUCCACUUUCUUUGUGCCACUGCAUGCGCCCUAUCCGUCCUCUCACAGCUAGGCACGGCGUGCACAGUGCGGACCUCCUCAGCGCCAAGCACUCUAGUCAAUCGAGACUGGACGGCGGCUGAGAUCGCUCCUCGACUGGGGCCCCUGCUGUCCGAGGGCUCCAGCAUAUUCGGUCCGACUGAUUCCCGGUGGGCGAGCGCGACGGAGCGAUACGACACCUACACUGAACCGCACGUUGAGGUAGUGGUUCAGCCAGGCCAGGAGAGCGAUAUCCCGAUCAUUAUUGAAUUCGCCAACAACAAUAGCAUUUCCUUCUUGGCUGUGAACCGCGGCCAUGGGAUGACCACGACACAGUGGACAUUUCAUGGGAUUAAAAUUGACCUGUCUCUCCUGCGGAACCUGACUGUCUCGCCCGGGGGUCAGACGGCAUGGAUCCAGGGCGGAGGUUGGGCGUCCGAGGUCAUCGGGGACCUCUGGGACCAGGGCUAUGUGAUGACGACCGGCAGCGCCGAAUGCCCCGGGAUUCUCGGGGUCGGCCUCGGGGGUGGCCACGGCCGCCUGGAGGGUAUGUACGGGCUGAUGAGCGACAACUUCGUAACCUUAAACGUGGUCCUGGCCAACGGCACCAUGCUCAACGUUUCCAACACCUCCCACCCGGACCUGUUCUGGGCGAUGAAGGGGGCGGGCCACAACUUUGGGGUCGUGACGAGCUUUGAGAUCAAGAUCUACCCCCGCCCGAUGGAGAACUGGUACUAUAAGAUCAACACCUGGACCGAAGAUCACCUGGAGACCGUCUUCACCGAGCUGGCUGCCUUCCAUGCCAACGGCAACUACACCAGCGACAUGGCGGUCAAUUACGGCAUGUACAUGCUGGACACUAGCCUCAAUGUGACAGAUCGAGGACAAGCUGACCCCGAAGCAAAGCCAAUCAUCUGGUGGUCUUUCGUCUACGCUGGAUCCCAGGCGGAUGCGCAGCAGUACCUGGACCCCUUCGAUGCCAUCCCGGCUCUCACGGUCUCAGAUGGCAGCGUCCCCUACAAUCAGAUCGCCGACAAGACCGGCACCGGCCUCACCAGCGGUCUCUGCGCCGACGGCUACGCACACGUGCACUACACCUCGGGCUUGCAGACCUGGAACCAAUACCCAGUCUUCGCCGGCUCCGCGGUCGUCAUGGAGGACUACGCGCACCAAGGCGUGGCCGCCGUUGAUUCCGACAGUUCUGCCUUUCCCUGGCGUGACCGCUCCCUCCUCAAUUUCAUCUCCAUGACCUAUGCCUCCAACGAGACUAUCGAUCAACCCGCAUUGGAUUGGGCCGCCCAGACCAAGGCUCUCUGGGAGGAAGGCGAUCCCAGCCUACGGCCGAGUACGUACGUCAAUUACGCCCAUGGCGAUGAGUCGCUGGAGUCCAUGUACGGCUACGAGUCCUGGCGGCUGACUAGGCUGCGCGCUCUUAAGGCUCAGUUCGACCCCGAGAGUCGCUUCAACUACUACAACCCGAUCACCACCACCAAGUCGGGUUAG